AUGACCUCACAAAAGACCAUCGCCAUCAUCGGCUCCACAGGCUUCCUAGGCCCCUACAUCACCGCCUCUCUCCUCCAAAAACACCCCCACACUACCAUCCUCUGCCUAAACCGUAGCAAAGACGCAGAACAACGCACCACCUCGUCUCUCACCCACAUCAGCAACGAGAACCUUACCCGUCUCACCUUCAUCACAACCGACAUCACACUCCCCAACCUCGGUCUAUCCCCCACCCAAUACACACACUUCACAACCAGCGUCUCAGAAAUCGUUUUCAAUGCGUGGAACGCAAAUUGGGCGACGCCUCUCAUCGGUUACUUACCCCUCCUCAACGCUGUUCAGCAUGUUAUCACCGCAUGUAUCGCCAGCCCCCUAAACCCUCGCGUAACCUUCGUGUCCUCGAACACUUCGAUAAUGAACCAUCCAACCCAGCACCCCACCUCCCCGCUCAUCCCCGAAGUCCCCGCCUGGGACUUCGCCAGCGCAGCGAAUACGGGGUAUGGCCAGAGUAAAUGCCUCGCGGAGCAACUUCUCGCGCGCGCAGGGAAGGAACACGGGUUACGCGUGGCUAUUGUACGUGCGGGCCAGAUCGGUGGUACAUCAUCCGCGAUAUCCAAUGCGCCGCAGUGGCCAAUUCAGGGCUGGUUGUGGGUGAUUUUCAAGACAAGUCAGAAACUGGGGUACUGGCCCGUGAGGAUGAAUGCUGUGGAUUGGAUUCCUGUUGAUAACCUCGCUGAGGGUAUCGCCAAUGUCACGUCAUCCCAACAAAGCACAUCUGCAGACAAGGUCAAGGUGUACAACAUGAUGCACCCCCGCCCUGCGCCUUGGGCGUUGCUGCAGAAGGUGCUGGUGGGGCGUUUUGGACUCGAGGUAAGGGAGUGUAGCUUGCCGCAGUGGUUAGGAAUGUUGGACCCGCAGAAGUUCAAGAUGCAUGCUUUUAUGAUGGAGGCGGGAGAGGGGAGGGAAGGAGAAGCGAUGGCUUUUAGGAGUGAGAAUGCGAUGGAGAUGUUGCCGGAGGUGGAGGAUGUUACGGAGGAGCUCGUGGAAAGGUGGUUGAGGGGGUGGGGUUUGAAGUUAGGGGAGGUGAGGGCGAGGCUGUGA